AUGCCUUUCGCAGUCUCCCAAUUGUGGGCUGCUCCGGAGAUCAAUCCGAUUAACAAGAAGGCGCGCUCCAUUCCUGUCCUUAACCCUGUCGACAAGUAUGGGCGGACAUUCUUCUUCUCCUGGUUGGGUUUCAUGACCGCCUUCUUGUCAUGGUAUGCGUUCCCGCCUCUCUUGACCCUCACCAUCAAGAAGGACCUCCACAUGAGCCAGAACGAGUACGCCAACUCCAACAUCAUGAGUCUCACCGGCACGCUCGUCAUCCGCCUCAUGGCUGGUCCUCUGUGUGAUCGCUUCGGACCCCGUCUCAUCUUUGCUGGCUGUCUACUCGCCGGCGCCAUCCCUACUGCCAUGGCUGGUCUCGUCACGACCCCCACCGGAAUCAUCGUCCUCCGCUUCUUCAUCGGUGUCUUGGGCGCCUCGUUCGUUCCCUGCCAAGUCUGGUCCACUGGCUUCUUCGACAAAAAUGUCGUCGGAACUGCCAAUGGUCUCGCUGGAGGAUGGGGUAACGCUGGUGGCGGGAUUACCUACUUCGUGAUGCCCGCCAUCUUCGAUUCCCUCAUGAAGAAGCAACACUUGACCGCCCACGUCGCAUGGCGCGUCUCUUUCAUCGCCCCCUUCAUCAUUAUCACCGCCGUAGGCCUCGCCAUCCUCUUCCUCGGCGAGGACACCCCCACGGGCUCCUGGGCCACCCGCCACCACGUCGGCGACCCCAUCACUGCGCCCGCUUCCUCCACAAACAGCAUCAAAGACUCCUCUCCACUUGAGAAGUCCGAGAAGGACACCGAGGCCAACACUUCAGUAUUCCCCGUUGACACCGCCGAAGGCGAAGUCAUCGUAGCCCCAACCCUCAAAGAGGGCCUCUCCGUCUUCUUCUCCCUGCAAACCCUCGCACUCGCCGCACCCUACGCCUGCUCCUUUGGCGGCGAGCUAGCCAUCAACUCGAUCCUCGGCUCUUACUACCUCAAGAACUUCCCCAAACUCGGCCAAACCGGCACCGGCCGCUGGGCUGCCAUGUUCGGCCUCCUCAACGUUGUGUUCCGACCACUCGGCGGUGUGGUCUCCGAUCUGAUCUUCAAGUACACAGGCAGUAUCUGGGGUAAGAAGGGUUGGCUCGUGUUCUGCGGCAUCGUGAUGGGCUGUUUCGAACUCGCUAUUGGACUAACUAACUCCCACCACACGAAGACGAUGUUCGGGCUCAUUGCUGGGCUGGCGGUCUUCAUGGAUGCUUCAAACGGCGCGAACUUCGCUGUCGUGCCGCACGUGCAUCCUUUUGCCAACGGUAUUCUGAGUGGCAUAGUCGGCGCUUCUGGGAAUCUAGGGGGUAUCAUCUUUGCCAUUGUGUUCAGAUAUAAUGGUGUGCACUAUGACAGGGCGAUCUGGAUCAUUGGCGCGUGUUCGAUUGGUGUUAAUGUUGCUUGCUCGUGGAUCCGACCCGUGCCUAGGGGGCAAAUCGGUGGUCAGUAA